AUGGCAUAUCAAUUUAUCGGAAGUUUAAGCUUAGCUUCACUGUUCAGUUUACUUACAUGGCCUAUUCUUCAAAUGUUAUGCUUUUAUAAAAUUAUACAUUAUGCAAAGAAUAAUAAUCAUAAUAAUAAUCAGAAUAAUAUUUCAACUGUUGUAAAAACCACAUCACGAUGGGAGCAGAAGCUGUGGAAUUUCGAAUGGCAGAUUCAUCAUUUAGAUUGUAAUAUCUUCGCGUUAAUAAUAAUCGAGAGUCAAUCAUUCAGUAAAUCCUGGAAACAAUUGAACUCUGGAUUGGUUAAGAUUCAAUUGCUGAAUAAUAUAAUCGAGUUGAUACGAUGCCUGUUCCGCAAUGGCAACAUUUUUUGGAUUAAUAUACUUUUCUGUGAGACCGCCAACUUUAAUUGCUUUUCCUAUUAUAGCAAUUAUAUCAUUUGGGUAUGUUAUUUCAUCUCAAGUGCUAUACUAACCAUCUUACAACAUAUUAUGUCAACUGUAAUCGUCUGUUAUUGUCUACAAGAAUAUAAAGCUACAGAGGAGGAGAUUUUUGGCAAUGAAUUAAAUUUUAUCUUCAGACACGAAAGUUUUAAAUGUCAUCUUGUUAAACUACUCAAAACUGAAGAAACUAAACUACAUGCAUUAAAAAAUGGUUGUAUAUCUAACAGACUUCAUAACCAAUCAUCUGGUUCCUAUAUAGACUAUCGUAAUCUUAAUAUACAAUGGAUUGAAAAUCCUGACGGUGAUUUCAGUGUGAAAGGCUUCUCAUUACAUCCGCCUAUUCCACAGCCUAGAGGACAAAAACGUUAG